CUUCAACUUCCGCGAGGGCCCCUACAGUGCAAGCGGCGCGCGAGCGGGCGGCGCUCCGCGCGGCCACUAGCCCCAUCCUUGAGGCCUCCCUGGGCGCGGCGCCUGGCCGCCCCGGCUGGGCCCCCCCGUAGCUGCGCGACGCAGCCGCCGGGGUCGCCCCGCCGGCCGCGCCUGCGAGGCGCGGGCAGGCAUCGCAGAGGUGAUGCAAGAGAAGAAUAGGGCAGCCGCCACGCCGCCCCGGCCGGGCCCCCCCCCCGCAGCUGCGCGACGCAGCCGCUGGGGUCACCCCGCCAGCCGCGCCUGCGAGGCGCGGGCGGGCAUCGCAGAGGCGAUGCAAGAAAGCCAGAGGGCGGCCUCGGACUCAGAGCGGCGCGUCGCACGGGCCCUCUUCCGGCUGGCCGCCCUCGCCGCCCCCGCCAGCGCGGCGGCCCUUGCCGCCCCUGCUGCCCCUGCCGCCCCGGUCAGCCCGACGGCCCUUGCCGCCCUUGCCGCCCUGGCCGCCCUUGCAGCGCUUGACCUUUGACACCGCCUGCGUCGCUGAGCCUGUCGACAGGGCGAAGUAGACCAUGUUCGCUUGAGUGUCGUAGACGCAGCUGAACGGUGUUGUGACCGUUGGGAACAGGAACGUGGAAAGACCGGAAAGUCCAACAGCGCCCAUCCCGAUGCCGAAGCAGUCUGACGAGCUCGGAACAUCGGGCAUGCCCAUCUCAUAGCAGGUCGAACCGGUGGGCAAAAUAGUGUAGACUGGCGCUUCCGUUGUGGUGGAGAUCGUGGUGGUGGCAGUGGUCGUAGAGGAACCUCCUGUCGAUGUAGUUUCGGAAAACGUUGUAGUCGUGACAAGCAGCUCACCGAUGCAGAGAUACUGCUGGUUCGGGUCC